AAGAAUAUUUACAAUAUAAAAAAGAUGAAACAAACCAUCAAAUGAUAACCAAUAAAGAAAUUAUAGAAAUGAUGAAAGAACCUGAAGAAUCAAAUAUCAAAGAGCCAGAAAUUCCGAUUAUCAGUAAUUAUAAAGUAUUAAUAGCACUCAAUCAAGUAAUCGCAUAUAUGAAACAAAAAUCUGAUAAAAUGGAUUUUUCAAAAGAUCAAAUUCGAGUCUUAAAAAAAAUGCGUAAAGUAGUAGAAUGA